AUGUCUUCUUCUUCUUCUUCUUCUGUCACACAAACAAAAACAGAACAACAACAUACGAUGAAAUCGAGAAAACCCAGAAACCAAAUCAAAAGCCACCACAAACCCAUUUCAGAAAUGGAUCAACAAAUCCAAACCACUCGUUGCAACUCCACAAUCUCAUCUCUUCUUCUCUCCACACUCUCCAAUGAAUCCGCAGUUUCUCAGCAACCCACCAACAAAAAGAUUAACUUUUUAUCUGCGGCAGCUAGUUUCAGAGGUUUGGGGUGUACUGCCGGUGCUUCUCAGCAAGUGUCGGUGCCGGCGGUGAUUCGUGCUUCUGCAGAUUGGACUCAUCAAGGGAAGAAAGCCAGAAAAAAGAAGCAUACGAGGAAUACUGCAGGAGGAAGUAUCAAGAACAGUGUUAAUGAUGGUUCUUCUGCUACUUGUGUUGAUUUUCAAGAUGUUUGGUGUGGACCUGGAAUUGAUGCUGCUGCUUCUGUUGAUUGUGUUGUUUCAAAGAAGAAUGUUUCUUCAAGGGCUAAGAUUGAUUUGGAAAAGAUGACUCACAAAGAACCUUCAUCUUCAUUCCGAAGGCGUACUACUACUGUCUACCCAGAAACCUUCUCUUUUCCGGAUGCCGAUCCUGACAUUUUCACCACAUGCUCUUUUGGAACUGCAACAUACCCUCGCCAUAUCAGAGAUCUCUCUUCUGAUGAUUUAUCUGAGAUAAUGCUGCUUCAAGGAAGAAUACUAAUGGGAGGACGGUACAAUUCGCGCGACCUUUUCAGAGAUUUGAGACUAGAUGUUGAUAACAUGUCAUAUGAGCAAUUGCUUGAGCUUGGUGAGAGAAUCGGUCAUGUCAAUACUGGACUUAAACAAGAUGAAAUGGAACCUCACAUAAGGAAGACCAAACUUCGAUUUUACGAUGAUGCAUCAAAGCAUCAGGUAGACAAAAAAUGCAGCAUUUGUCAGGAGGAGUUUGAAGAAGAUGAUGAGGUUGGGAGGCUGAAGUGUGAUCAUUUGUAUCACUUUGAAUGUAUACAACAAUGGGUUGCACACAAAAAUUUCUGUCCUGUGUGUAAGGAGCAGGUUGCAACUAGACAUUGA